AUGGAAGCAAAAGAAUCCACUUGUGAAAUUUAAAAUAAAUCAAAACUCUAAUUAAUGAAAAAGCCUCUAAAGUAAAAUCAUAUUAAACGUUAAACUAAGAAGAGAUAUUUCAGAAAUCUCAAGAUAAUGCUUUUAUCAGAUGAUUAGUAUAGAAUAUUAUAAAAUGAGUUCGAUAAAAAUGAUAGAUGGGAGAAAUCAAAAAUAUUAGAACUCUCUAAAACUACUGGAUUAAGUUAUACUAAAGUUUAUAAGUGGAACUGGGAUAAAAGAGAAGAAAAAGAAAAAAAUCUCUUAGCAAACUACAAUGAGUUAAAGAAUUCAUAAAAAGUAGUUUUCUAAACUCAGGUUUAACCCAUAAGACAAAAAAUUAUAAAGCCUCAAAACAUAUUCAAAUUAGAGAAAUUAGUUCCAACUAUUUGA